GGACUGGAGUUGAGUUUUCGCGCCAUUCGGUUCGUGUUAGUUAAAUAUCAACCAGGAAUACUGUAAGUCCCUGAGAGUCCUGACAGACCACAACAACACCAGAACAUGGCAGUAGUUGUUACAGGGAAACGUUUGGACCAGAACCACAGCAGAACAAAGGGGUCUUUUGUCCGAGUGAGGAGGACAGACUUGGAGAAAUUAACCACAGAAGUCAUGCAGCUCCGAGAGUUUCUGCCCCGAGUCCUGAACGGUUUGUGCGUGGACAAGGAGCACCUUGGACAUGAACAGGAGCAGCUGAGGCAGGAGUGUCUCCACCUUCAGUCCAGACUGGAUGCUGUUCAAAGUGAAUGUCAGAGAGAGAGAGAGGAGAAGCUGCUGCUGAGGGACCAGCUGUGGCAGAGCGGGUCAGAACUGCAGCAGCAGGCAGACUUCUGCUCGGCCGUGGGGUCUGCUGCCUGCAGUCUGCUGUGGAGCUGCUCCUCCAGGGAGGACUCGGUCACCGCCUGGCUGGCUCAUGGUAAGCUGCAGUCCUUCCUGAUUGUCGCCUCUCAAACCCUGGAGAGCUUUGUGAAGUCUCUGGAUGACGACAUGAAAACUCUGACUGAAGACCCAAACUCCAGCGAACACCAGUUCGUGUUGGCCCUGGUUGGAACCAUAACCAACAUCGCAGCUGUGGCAUGUGGGCGGGACUUCCUGUCCAGCUCAGGACACGUCUUGUUGGACGCUCUGAUGAAGCUCCUGGAGCUGAUGAAGCCCGGGGUCUUCCCCAGUCUCAAAGUGUUGUCCCUCAUGGCUCUGUACAACGUGAGCAUCAGUGUCAAAGGACUCCAGUACAUGAGUGAGAACAAAGGGCUCGUGCCUCUCAUCUGGACCCUGUUAGACGAUGGACACUGGGAAGUGUGCCACCACUGUCUUCGUCUCCUGCAGUCGGUGUUGCUGGAGGAGGAGGCUCUGCUCCUCCUGGGCUCCUCUCUGUUGAAUCCAGACCUUCGAGUUCGAGUCAGCCGGCUCACGUCCAGCGUGCAGCCGAGCCUGAGAGCAGCGGCUCUGCAGACCCUGGAGGACCUGCAGGCCCUCCAACAGGACCAGUGA